AAAAUAAGAAAUUUGAUAUAUUAUAUUAAUUAAAAAACUUACAAAAUGGAAUUUACAAAUUUUACAUAUGAUAUAAUAUUAUGGAUGAUGACAGCUCUUCUCGAUUUAUUUUUUCGAGAAGUUAAGACUAGAGGUUCAUUUCGUAUACCAAAAAGAGGAGGACUUAUCUUUGUUGUAGCACCUCAUGCUAAUCAGUUUGUAGAUCCACUUCUUCUUAUGCGGCAAGUUCAGCUAGCAUCUUCUCGUCGUAUAUUUUUCUUAAUUGCAGAGAAAUCAAUGAAAAGGAAAUUUGUAGGUUUUAUGGCACGCCUUACUGGUUCAAUUCCUGUUGCACGACCAUCUGAUUAUUUAAAGCAAGGAACUGGCAAGAUAGUUUUUUCAGAGAAGGAUCCAAUGCGUGUUUAUGGAAUUGGUACACUUUUUACUAAAGAAUUGUCUAAAAAAUCUAUGAUUGUAAUAUCAAAUAUUCCUAAUUUAGAAGUCGCAGAUAUUGUUUCAGAUACAGAAAUAAUACUUAAAGAAGAGAUCAAGGAAUUUCCUUCUAUUUCUUCUGAAGAAGGGUUGACUUUUAAAAUUUUAUCUAAAAUUGAUCAAAGUAAAGUUUAUAGUCAAGUUUUUAAAAAACUUGAGGAAGGAAAAUGUAUUGGAAUAUUUCCAGAAGGUGGUAGUCAUGAUCGAUCUGAUUUACUUCCUCUUAAAGCUGGUGUCGCUAUUAUGGCUCUUGGAGCAUUAGCAAAUAAUCCAAAUAUAAAUGUUAAAAUUGUUCCAUGUGGCAUGAAUUAUUUUAAUGCUCAUCGAUUUCGUUCUUGUGCUGUUCUUGAAUUUGGAACUCCUUUAGAAAUACCAAAAGAACUUGUAGAAAAAUAUAAAUCUUCAUCUAAACAUGAAGCAAUAAAAGCAUUUUUAGACAUGAUUUAUAAUGCCCUUAUGGCAGUUACUGUUAGAACAACGGAUUACGAGACUUUAAUGUUUAUUCAGGCUGGAAGAAGGUUAUAUAAACCAGGUCAUAGAAGACUUCCUUUACAACAAAUAGUCGAAUUAAAUAGGAGAUUUAUAAUGGGUUAUAAUCAUUAUAAAGAUGAUCCACGUGUUGUUAAACUUCGAAAUUCUAUUGUAAGUUAUAAUCGCCAGUUAUACUUGCUUGGUAUUCGUGAUUAUCAGGUUCAAAGUGCAAACUAUGGGGUGUUUAAGGUUAUAACGUUGCUAAUAUAUCGUUUUUUGAAAUUUUUAAUACUUGCUAUUGUAUCUUUUCCUGGUGUUAUUAUGUUUGCACCUAUAUUUAUUGCAACAAAAAUCAUUUCAAAAAGAAAAGCAAAAGAAGCUUUAGAUGCAUCUACUGUUAAAAUUCAAGGGAACGAUGUUUUAGCUACAUGGAAACUUUUAGUUGCAUUAGCUCUUGUUCCCGCUUUACUUUUAUUUUACUCAAUUAUAAUUACAUAUCUUACAAUUCAUUUUGAAAUUGUUUCUUAUACAAAAAAAUGGAUUUGUAUUAUGCUUAUUGUAAGUUUAAUAAUGAUUUUUAUGGUGUCAUUUGCAGCUUUAAGAUUUGGAGAAAGUGGUUUGGACAUUUAUAAAUCACUAAGACCUUUAUUUUUAAGCUUAAAUCCUACAUCUGCCAACACUAUUUAUAAAUUACGUCAAACUCGAGAAGAAUUAGCUGUUGAAUUGACACAUUUGAUAAAUACUUUGGGACCAGAAUUAUUUCCAGAUUUUGAUCCCGGCAAAGUGAUUGCUAUGCCUGAAUAUAUGAUUCAAAAUAGCCGAGUUGGGCAAAGUCAUAGUCAAUCAGCAUCUAUUGAUAAAAAUGAUGAUGCAUUAACUAACUCAACUUCAUUAUCAUAUAAUUCUAUAUUAGAUUUAUCGAGAAAUACUAGUCUUCAAAGUUUGUCUUCAAUACAGCUUUUUGCAAAUAAUUCUUUUAGUUCUAGUAGUAAAACAAAUAGUCUCACUGAAGAAAAUGAAACAGAAAGGAUAGAUCAAGAUAGUAUAUCAAGCAAAAGUGAAAGUUUUGAGGAAGUUUCAAAGGAAAUUCGAAAGGCAAUGAAGCAAAGGAUACAAAAACGAAAAAAUAAGAAACCUUAUAUAUAUUCCGAAUCUUAUGAUUUUGAUAUUAGUGAUGAGAGUGAUUAUCUAAAACUGCAUUCUAGUACAAGUCAGAGCGAAUCAGAAACGAUAAGUGAAUCCGAAUAUUAUGAAGAAUCGAAAAAGACUGUAUAAUUUUUUUGUUUCAAUAUUAUCUAUUAUAAAGCAUAUUUUAAAUA